UUUCGUUUGAAGAGGCGUAUUAAUAUUGUAGUAUAUGAUCCACGAUUGAACUUCUCCUAACAAUUCAAAUUACUGGGAUAAUAACAUUUUUCCAACAAUUGGACUGCUCUGAAACCAGAGUCAAAUAGAAAUCUUAUUUAUUUAUUUUGCCACAAAUUGAUAAGGAUAAGUCCAGUGCUGGAGACGUAGCAAAUAUGAAAAUUAUUUAAAUAAUAAAAUCCCCAACCCCAACAAAAUGCGAAACGCACGUGGCAGCCAACUGAAAGCCAAGACUGACCCAUGCAAACACAUUAGCUAACCAAGCAAGCUUCCCAUUCCUCAAUACACAUCUCUCCUCCCCCGCCGCUUUAUAUAAACAAACAAAUAAACCCCUCCCAACAAUCUCUACUCCUCGCAAAAUCAUCCAUCUCUUUCCAGCUGAAAGAUCCAUGUCUACUUCUUCUUCUUCUUCCGACGAGCACUACUCGGCCACACACGUCGGCGGUCACUCCCACUCCCGCCAGAGGAGGAGGCGGCGGUCCGUGAGGCGGGCGGUGAAGCUGCUGACGGCGGCCACCAUGUGCACGGCCUUCGCGCUGCUGUUCGGGUUGACGGUCACGGCGACGGUGGUGGGGCUGGUUGUGGCCACCCCACUUCUGGUCAUAUUCAGCCCCGUGCUGGUCCCCGCCGUGCUGGCCGCGGCGGUGGUGGGGGCGGGGUUCUUGGUCUCCGGCGGGUGCGGGAUGGCGGCGGCGGGAGCGCUGGUUUGGGUUUACGCUUACGUCACGGGGAGGCGGCCGCCCGGUACGGAGCGGCUGGAGGGUUACUACGGCAGCUGGCCGGCGCCCAAGGAUAAGGCUUUGGAUGGGUACGUUGAUCGUCAUGAUGACGCCACAACCAAUUAUCAUCUUCCUCCGGCUGGAGCUGAUUAAUCGUCGUCAUCCUCCUGACCUAAUCCAUCGUCUCUUCUGAAUCAGUACCGAUCCAUGAUUAUUACAUAUCGGAUUAAAAGACUUCAGUACGUCCUUAAUCAUACUAUACUACGUAUAUACUCUGCCGUAACCUCUUUGGAUUGCUUUUUUCUUCUGCUGUUAGGCUGGUUUGCUGUAUGAUUAACUAAGUUAAGUACUUAGUGUGUUGCAUGUUUUCAAUUAAUUAAGCUGCCAUGUUGCACGUGUUUUGUAUGAGCACAUAUUGUGUCCCUCUUUCGCAUCCUACCUUUGCCGUUGAUACAAAAUCGUUUUUAUCAAAGACGUAAAUGAUGCUACCCCAUUCGGUUAAACCAAAUCAGUCCGGAAAAUAGAAAAUGAAUCAUUGAUUGCAUU